GGACAGGCGUGCGCGGAACGCAGCUUAACGGGAAAUUCGCGUUUUUUUCGUUUUUCGUUCGUUAGUGGCACCUGUUGAUUGAAAUACGGAAACAAGGAAAAGGCCAGGCAGAGUUCAAUUAUUGAAUUCCGGCGGUGAGGAAGAAGCCCUCGAAGCCCUGUCAUCCGCGCCGCAGGAAAUUAUCGCGUCGCAAAACUAAAACUAGCGCUUUGUGGAAAUUUAUCUAGCGAGAAUGUAACCAACUUCAGAAGGAACCCUGCCUUUUGAACUCGAUUGCGUUUAAAUAUGAGUGCCGUCGAAAGUGGAGUUUGCAGUGUGCCGACAAAACUCCGGGCAGCCCGGCUAGUUCUCGUCAUUUUUCUUCUGGAGGAAAUAUCAGGUUAUCCUUCCGCCACUGGUACUGAAAAACCAACACUUCGGAACGAGACGAGACCUUUUUUCGAUGAUGUCUCUAGAAGGGAAAUCGAAGCCACAGAAGGCCAGACUCUCGUAAUUCCAUGCACAGUAAGGAACCUUUACAAGGACAAGGUGGUGUCUUGGAUACGGACCAGAGACCUGCACAUCCUCACUUCCGGCAGGCAUACUUUCUCUAGCGACUUCCGUUUCGAAGCUUUGCAUACGGACAGUUCCGGUGACUUCUGGGGUCUUAGGAUAAGGGGUGUUAGACAAUCGGAUUCAGGUCAAUACGAAUGCCAAGUCAACACCGAUCCCAAGAUGAGUCUUGCCGUAAAAUUAUCUGUAUCUGUUCCAGGUACUCUAGAUUCUGCAGACCUGUCAAAAUGGCUCGGCAAAGCUGAAAUCGCCGGUCCCAAAGAGGUCUUCGUUCAGUACGGAUCUACAUUUUUUCUGCAAUGUAAAGUGCACCCGAUUCUGGAUCAGUCGUUUAUCUUAGGACAGCAAGCAAACCGCAGGCCAGACGUGUGGUGGUUGCAUGAAGACACUCAAAUUUCCGUAGAGGCACAAAUAGGCAAGAUUUUCAUAGAAACCACAUAUAACGAAGAAGACGAGGUUAUCAAUAGUCGUCUCCAUUUCUUCCACGUUUCCUGGCAGGACGAAGGUGCGUACACCUGUAUGAGACCUUCUGUAAAAAGGGAUUCCGUCCGAAUAAUCGUCGUCGAAGCUGAACCGUCUGAAGCCAUGCAGAGGGACUACCCCAUAUCUUCAACCUCCGUAAAUCGCUGUGCCUGCACGAUGAUGAAGAUUUUUCCCCUUCUGCUGGGAAGCAUUUCAUUACGGUAUUACUAGAAGACUGAUAAUUAUAA